AUGGUGGCGGGCGAGCUGGUGCAGGAGCAUCCUCGCGCGGACGCCGGCUCCGAGCACGAGCCCGGGGGCAUCAGCCCGGAACCGGAGCUGGAGCUGCGACCCAAGCCGGAGGAAGCCUGCAGCGUCGGUGAGACGGAGCGGCCGCGGCAGCAGGAGGAGGACGAGGAGGAGGGCGAAGAAGGCGAGGCGAUGCUGAAGAAGAAAAAGGAGGAGGAGGACGCGGAAGCUGCGAGACCCGCCGAGACCAAGCUCUAUUGGCAGCGCUUCUUGGUCCUGGCCGUCUUCAGCCUGUAUUCUCUGGUCAACGCCUUCCAGUGGAUCCAGUACGGCAUCUUGGCCAACGUCUUCACGCGCUUCUACCGGGUGGGCAACGACAAGGUGGACUGGCUGUCCAUCGUCUACAUGCUGGCCUACGUACCGCUCAUCUUCCCGGCCACUUGGCUGCUGGACCGCCGCGGCUUGCGCCUGACCGCGCUGCUGGGCUCGGGCCUCAACUGCGCCGGCGCCUGGCUCAAGUGCGCCAGCGUGGGUCAGCACCUCUACCCCGUCACCAUGCUGGCGCAGGUGGUCUGCUCCGUGGCGCAGAUCUUUAUCCUCGGCCUGCCCUCGCGCGUCGCCUCCGUCUGGUUCGGUCCCAAGGAGGUCUCCACCGCCUGCGCCACCGCCGUCCUCGGCAACCAGUUGGGCGUGGCCAUCGGCUUCCUGUUGCCUCCCGUCCUGGUGCCCAACACGCCCGACGACGUGGCGCUGACGGCCCACAACAUAGCCGUCAUGUUCUACGGCACCGCCGCCUUCUCCACCGUGCUCUUCAUCCUCACCGUCGUAGUGAUGAAGGACCGUCCGCCGCUGCCGCCCAGCCAGGCCCGGGCCGUCCUUCCCGACGGCACCCCCGAGGACUAUUCGUACCGGCGCUCGGUGGUCAACCUGAUGAAGAACAAAGCUUUCGGACUGUUGCUCCUCAGCUACGGCAUAACCACGGGGGCCUACUACUCGGUGUCCACCAUCCUCAACCAGAUGAUCAUGGCGUGCUAUGAGAAUGAAGAGUUGAAUGCGGGGAGGAUCGGGUUGACGUUGGUGGUGGCCGGCAUGGUGGGCUCCAUCCUCUGCGGCCUCUGGCUGGACCACACCAAGACCUUCAAAUUGACCACGCUGUUGGUCAACGUCUUAACUUUUGCCAGCAUGGUGGUGUUCACCUUCACGCUAGAUUUGAACAACAUCUACUUGGUCUUCUUCACGGGAGGCCUCCUCGGGUUCUUCAUGACGGGCUACCUUCCCGUGGGAUUUGAGUUUGGAGUGGAGAUCACCUACCCGGAGUCAGAGGGAACCUCGUCCGGACUCCUCAACACUUCGGCGCAGAUAUUUGGUGUGAUUUUCACACUGAUUCAGGGCAAACUGACCACAGACUACGAGAAGCCAUUAGCGGGAAACCUCUUCCUCUGCGCCUGGAUCUUCCUGGGAGUGGUGCUGACGGCCUUCAUCAAGUCCGACCUCAAACGGCACAACGUCAACAUCGGCAAAGACCGCCAGGCGCUUUGCACGGAGCAGCCGGCAGAGGAGAAGGUCAAGCAAAAAGCUUCUCUGAGCUUCGCCAGGGAAACAUCACUGUAG